UUUGUUGGUAUUUCCUACGUGCAGGGUAUAUGGGAUAGUUCGUAAAACAAAGGAAACUCUGUCGAAAGUUUUCUGGAAAUUAUCUAAAUUGGAAAUAAAGCCUUGUCGGCUUCUGCUAUAUACUAGAAUGUGUUUGAGUGUCCAGAUCGGGCACUAGUCACGGCCUACGGGGUUGGGUCGUGACAAAAGUGGUAUCAAAGCGGUUCGUCCUCGGAAUUGUCUACAGGCCGUGUCUAGUAGAGUCUUGUUUAUCGGUGUGUUGUGCACCACACCUAUAAACAGGAGGCUACAGGGCAUUUAGGAUACUACCCUUCUUUCUGUCUUAGAUCGUGCGAUAGAGCUUUGUUAUAAGGAUGAUUCCUCCCUAACGAAUUGUUACAUUUGCAGUUAUGCCUCCAAAAAAGGCGACAGCGGCCCAAAAGGCCAAGGCAGCAGCUGUGGGAGAGACUAGUCGGGCCCAGAGGGUUACCAGGGCCCAUGCUCAUAUUGCUCCUGAUGUUUGGCCCCCGGCAGAGGGCUCUUCCACACCGCCACAGUGUUCGAGAGUACAGUAUGGAGUUCGACUCAUUGGCCCGAUAUGCACCUGCUGUGGUAGCUACUAUGGCUGACAGGAUGCACAGGUAUAUUAUGGGGCUGGACCGUUAUUUUGUCGACAGUUGCUUGGUAUUGGCCGCUCAGCCCGAUAUGGAUAUUGCCCGGAUUCAGGCGCACGCUCAGGGCAUGGAGGACCGGCACAGGGGUCAUCAGCCCGAUAGGAGUCAGGAUCGGAGACAGCCCAAGAGGGCCAGAUCAUCUGGGUAUUUUGAGGAAUUUCGGAGUGGGCAGCCUCAGCAGCAGCAGCAGUCUAGCAGGCAUUCUUCCCAGCCGGCACAGAGCACACCUCCGCAGUUCUCAAGCAGGAGAUUUGAUAGCCCAGGGUAUUUAGGAGCAGGCCACAGCUCCGGGGUUUCAGGUUCGCGGGUAGACAGAAGUUCCGGUCAGACGAGGCCACCCAGGCCUCAGUGUUCUUAUUGUGGGAGAUACCACCCGGGAGAGUGCUACCGUGCUACAGGUGCUUGUUAUUCUUGUGGCCGCCAGGGCCAUACUGUGAGAGAGUGUCCGUAUAAGGGUAAUUUGGGAGGUCCAGCGCAGCCUACCGGAUUAGUCGCUGGGUCAUCGUCUCCUUCGAUAGCCAUGCGCCCUGCGGGGCAGGGUACGUCGACAUCAGCAAGCCGCGGCAGAGGUCGUGGCGGGGCUCCCAGUUCAAGCGGUCCUUCGAACCGCAUCUAUGCCUUGACUAGUCGACAGGACCCGGAGGCGCAACCAAACGCGGAUACAGGUAUACUAAUGUCUUUUUCGAAAUAUAAGUGUAUUAACAGAUUUAGCCUCUACUAUGUGAUAUAUUUUCCCCAAAAUGCUUACAAGACCCUAUAAGAUUAAUUUAACAUUCGAGGACGAAUGUUCUAAAGGGGGGGAGGAUGUUACAUCCCGUAUUUUUGAACGUCGGAUUAAUUGUAAGUUGAGGUGGGGCCCACACGUCAAGAUUUUUUUUGGGACAUGUGACAAAUUAUAUGAAUCACAUAUGUGAAGUUAAACACAACUCAAGAAGGACCCUUGGGCCAAAUCAAAGUGGAAGUCCUCCAAACGAAUAUUUUUAAGAAAACGUUUUCGGGUAACCUGACUUUGGGGGGCAAAAACGAUAUUAUAAGUUUGGAAUUUGGAAAAGUACCAAGAAAUAGAAGUUGUAGAUAAUUGAAUUAGCUUUCCAUCCAUAGGUCGUGGGUUCCCAGGUGACGUCGGUACAAGGAGAUAUGGACGUUUUAAGGCAGAAAGGUCAGUGGGCUAGGCCCAAUCCGAGCCCAACCGGGUUAGGCCCAUUACCCAUGUCCUUAUAAGUGCCAAUUUCGGCCUUCUUCAUCAUUUUAACACCAGGAACAACCAGAAAAUUCUGGAAAGAGAGAGAGGAGCUUUGGAGAGAAAAAAAAAACAAUUUUGACCAAAAUCCGAGCCCCGAAUCCCGAAGCCCAUGAAGGGAAAAGUGUUGUACGCUACGUUGUCUUCAAUUUGAGCUAAAAAUCAACCAAAGAGGAGAGUGAUGACGUGGUGGCUGCCUACUUAAGAUUCGGAGUGAAACGGGAUUUGAGUUUUGGCGAACGUAAGACGCAUAUAAGGUACCGACGACAGGUUUGCUGAGCCGUCCGCUUAGGAUCUUAUUCUCCUAUUUUGGAGCGCUCUCUUAUCCAGAGCCCAUCUUUUGGUAUAGUCUGUCACUACUGUAUAUAUAUAUAUAUAUAUAUAUUCUCGUUCAUGGGUAUGGCGGGGCCCUGUCCCGUCAUAUGAUUCUGUCGGUCUGUUUAGAGGUCUGUGGACAUGUUUGUGGGUUGGGAUCUUUCUGUACAGCUGUGUGUAUAUGUUGUGUUUGGGCGAUCCCAUUCGCCGCGGCGGCCGGUCCGCAUAUAUUUAAAUGUUACUCUGUUGGCCCUGUGUGGCCUUUGUUGGUAUUUCCUACGUGCAGGGUAUAUGGGAUAGUUCGUAAAACAAAGGAAACUCUGU